GUUCAAACAAGAGUUCUAGUCAGUUCGGUAGAAAUGGCAAAAUCCCGAUCUCGUUCGCGUUCUAAGUCAAGGUCUAGGAGCCGCAGCCGAAGUCGAUCUCCAAAGAAGGCAGCACCCAAGAAAGCUGUAGCUAGGAAAUCACCAGCAUCAGCCAAGCCGUCUGCUCCAGCAACCCCUAAGAUGAGAAAGUCUAGGAGCCGUAGCCGCAGUCGAAGCAGAAGCCGCAGCCGAAGUGGAUCGCCAAAGAAAACCAAGAAGGCUAGGCCUAGCAAGAAGUCACCAAAGAGGAAGGCAUCAAAGCCCAGAGCAGCAGCCAAGAAAGCCGCCAAACCAACGACCCUUAGCAUGGUAUGUGCUGCCAUAACUGCAAUGAAAGACCGCAAAGGAUCUUCAGCUCAGGCCAUCAGAAAAUACAUCCUGGCAAACAACAAAGGGGUGAGUGUAACACACCUGUCGUCAGCAAUGAAAGCAGCAUUUGCAAAGGGACUUAAGAGCGGAGCUCUCGUUCGACCCAAAGGCUCCAGUGCCACUGGCGCCAGUGGACGCUUCAGAGUGGGAAAAGUUGCAACCCCUAAGAAGAAGAAGGUAGUUAAAAAGCCCAAGAAGAAGGCAGCCAAGAAGCCCAAGGCAGCAAAGAAACCCAAAGCAAAGAAACCCAAAGCAAAGAAAGUAAAGAAGGCCAAAAAAGCGAAGUCGCCAAAGAAAGCCAAGAAGCCCAAGGCCAAAGCGAAGAAGUCGCCAAAGAAAAGCAAGCCCAAGGCAAAGAAGAGGCCCAAGUCCCCAAGAAAGGCAAAGAAAGCAGCAAAGGCCAAGUGAGCAGCCUGUUCACUGAUUAAAACCCACGGCCCUUUUAAGGGCCACCCAAAAUUUUCGAAAAGAUGCCUCACAAAACGAAUUAUUGAGAAACAUUUAAAAUUAAAUUGUAAUGUACAUUA